AUGCCCUCCGACCUCCUCAAACCACUGGCCGUAUUGGCCCGCCAGCCGCAAUCGCAACGCUGCAUCAAAGCCAUCAGAAACCUAGGGGAUGCAUGGCAUCGCCUCACCGACGAGCCGCUAUCUGAGCUAGAUACCAAGCUUCACACUCGUGGAAACCAACUUCGACCUGGUCCCAAAAUCCAGAAUGCACAGGAAGAUCAGUCGUCCCUUUCGAACCCCAUAACCGUCGAGAUGUCAACUCGCGAACCUCUGACGACGCCGAAUGAGGAACCCCCUGUAUCAGAGCCAUCCCGACACUACCGGAUCCUCGCCGACUGGGGCACGGUUUUCAUCUGGCGUGAUUACGACAACCUGCGGGGUGGGGAAGGCGACUGCAUGCUGGAGGCGGAAGAAAUUCUCUGCUCUCCCGUCUACCCUCCUUCUGUCUUCGAGCACUACGGCGCGUGGGUGGACCUCUACACCGACAGCUUCGACCGCAGAUGCAACAAGACCGGAGACUUCCAUGCCUCCACGUUUGCCACCGUCGCGGAAGAGGUGGCCUGGAAUGUGGCGAGGUAA